AUGAAGAAUACGGAAUGCUAUGAAAGUGUUAUCCAUUUGAAUUUUAUUUUGACUAUAUUCAGAUAAUUUAUAAUGAUAUAAUAAAAUAGAGUCCCCCAAAAAAAGUUUACUCUCAAUCUGCAUAACUCAGCAAUAGAUUAUAUCGACAGAAUUCUAUCGGAAGUGUCAGGUAUAGGUAUUAAUUGAUAAAAGGAAUGAAAUGCCUCAUUUUGGAUUAGGAAACCAUCGGCAUAAUUUCACUCAUCUACUCUCAAUCACAAAUCUUGAAGAAGGAUGUCUACUUGAUGGAAAAGAUUGAUGCGGCUGCUUCCACUAAAUAGAAGCUUUAGCACAUGAAGGUUAUCUUUUUGAUUCGACCAACUUAAGUAUAGAAUGCAUUUUAAAUCUUUAGGAAAAUUAAACAUUGCUACUAUAAGAAAUAAAGGAUAAGAGAUUUUGUGAAUACUACAUCUUCUUCACCAAUACUUUAAGCAAUUUCUAUAUCGAAUAAUUGGCGGAAGCGGAUGACUCCGAUCUAAUCAAACAACUCCAAGAAAUUUAUUUGGAUUACUACAUAGUGCAGCCAGAUACUUUUACAUUAAACAUUCCCUCUACGAUUGCAUUAACUAAAAGUGUUUCACAAUGGAAUUCCAAGGAUGAGUAGCUAUUUCAAAGAGUUCUUGAGGGAUUGAGUGCCACAGUAUAUAGUCUAAGAAGGAUUCCAAUGAUAAGAUAUUAAGGAUCUAGUGAAAUUUGUGCAAAAUUGGCAUAAAAAUUGAGUCAGACGAUGAGAGAAGAAUACGAGCAAUCCUAAUCCUAGUUUAUGCUUUCCAAUUGUUUGCUCUUGAUUCUAGACAGGAGAGAAGAUCCAGCAACCUUGUUAUUGAAUCAGUGGACCUACUAGGGUAUGCUCCAUGAGUUGAUAGGAAUCUAAAAUAAUAGGAUCGACAUUCGUUAAGGUUAAAAGGCAUUGAAUUAAACUGCGGUAUAGUAUUAAUUCCUAUAAUUAGAGUANUGUACAUUUCAUCUAAAAAAAAAAUUAUUUUAUUUACACUAAUCAAAGGAUUAGAAAAGUUUACAUUUUUUUCAUUAUUAACAUUCUUGGGAUCCAAUUAAUAGUAGCUUAAUUAUUGAGUAAAGUAAACAUCUGA